CGCGCCAACGCCAACCAAAAUCCCCCACACACUUGCACCUCGUCUCGCUCUCGCGCCAAGAAAGCACCGCGAGUUCUUCUUCUUCAUCCUCCAUGGCCACAACCGCGUCGCUGUCCGCCGUCGCGGCGCGGCCACUGUCCGUGGCCUGGCUCAAGAAGCCCCUGUGCGCCUCGUUCCAGCCCGUGCCGAGGGCGAGGCCGGCGGCGGCGGCGAGGAUGGCCGUGAGGGCGUCGGCGUCGAUGAAGGAGAGGGCGACGGCCGGGCUGACGGCCGCGGCCAUGGCGGCGGCGAUGGUCCUCCCCGACGUCGCGGAGGCCGCGCAGGGCAGCCUGACGCCGUCGCUCAAGAACUUCCUCCUCAGCAUCGUGUCCGGCGGGGUCGUGCUCGUCGCCAUCGUCGGCGCCGUCGUCGCCGUCUCCAACUUCGACCCCGUCAAGCGGACCUGAUCUUCUCCUUCUCCUUCAUUCACAGACACGCCUCGAUCGCUGUCUUGUAUCGAGAUCAUCGUCUCUUUGCAGUGUUGUUUUGGAGAUUCUGUAAACUGAUUUACGAUAUGGAGAUAUGGAGUUGUUGAUGGUUAAUUGCUUCCAUAAUUCUAUUGCUGUAUAUUGUUCUUGACACUAUACCUGCGCAAAAGGCUACUAGUAUCCAAAUAUUGUUUGCUCCCGAA